UAUGAUAGGCUGGCUAUAUAUCUCAGUGGCCAAAGGGCUAUUAAACAGGACUCAGGUUCCCUCCUUGGCAGGGGCAGACUGACAACUCAUGGGACCCCCGGGCAAUAGGGGAUCAUGGGGCCCCUGUGUCCUCGCCCACACACAAAAAAGCCUAUGAAAAAGCCACUGAAAGGUACCAGGGGCACCUCAUGGGGCCCCCUACUGAGCCAGGGCCCUCGGGCAGUGCCCGAGUGCUUGAAUGGUCAGUCCACCCCUGCU